AUGAUUGAAUCUCACAUCGUCAAUCAAAUCCUUCCUCUAUCAGCUCAUGAUCGAGAAGCGGCUUUGAGUUUCCCGUUGUAUCUACAGAAAAAAAGGGCAACUGAAGAGAAAAAUGCACCAGCAGUUGGAGAUGGAUGCUGGAUCAAUUUCAUGCAGCUCAUUAAGAAUCAAUUAGAGAGAAAGAAGAGGCAAUUGAAGAAAAAAACGCACCAAGCAAACCUUAGCUGCUUGGAGUAUCUGCGGCAGAUAAUUGAAGACAUGGAUGCUAUCAUCGAAAAGGCGAAUGAGUUGAAGGAGAAACAGAGAUUGAGAGAGGACCAACCACCCACGCAUUCAACACCUCUGUAUACCGAGACCAGAGAAGAAAGUGGUAUGGUGGGAUUUCAUGAUGAGUUGAUUCAACUUCUCGAUGAGCUCACCGGUCAUCGAUCCAAUCGACAAAUCAUCUCAAUCGUCGGUAUGGGCGGCAUGGGUAAGACUACUCUUGCCAAACAUAUUUAUUCAAAUCAACUCAUAAUCGAACACUUUGAUAUUCGUGCUUGGGCUACCGUAUCUCAACAAGACAUUGCUAAACAAAUUCUUCAACAACUUCUUUCUGGACAAGAAAAAUCCUCCGAUCAAGAUGUAGAUAAAUUAGGAGUACAAUUGCAUAAAACUUUGUUUGGUAGAAGAUACUUGAUCAUAUUAGAUGACAUAUGGAGUGUUGAAGCUUGGGAUGAAGUGAAUCGUUUCUUUCCCGAUAACAGAAAUGGAAGUCGGAUUCUUCUAACUACUAGGUUGUCAGAUGUGGCUAACAAUUGUGGCUCUUCUUGCUUUCCGAAGAAUCUUCUAGAUGAGAAUGAAAGUUGGGAAUUAUUCUGCAAGAAGGCAUUCCAAAAUGAAGAUUGUCCCACUGAACUAGAGGAAGUUGGAAGGAAGAUUGUUAAAUUAUGCAAAGGACUAGCAUUGUCCAUUGUUGUGAUUGGUGGGAGUCUUCUAAAGUCUCCUAGGACAGUAGGAUAUUGGAAGAGUGUUGCCAAAGAUAUAGAUUCGAGUCCCAACUCAAAAGCGAAAGAAGAAAGCUUAGAUGUAUUGUUAUCAAGCAAAUUAUAA